AUUUCGGCGCUGGUUCAGGACGUGGCUGAAAACCAAAACAGUGCAGCAGCAGAAACAGGAGAGGCUCCAGAGAUGUGGAGUCAGUGUGAUUCGGACAGGAGAGCUCCGGAGAUUACUCACACAUCAUCUGUUACGCUUUAGUGUUGCUGUGUGUUCCAUGGUGCUGUUAUCGCACUGACACGGUUAAUCUUCAUCAUCAUCAUCAUUUUCAUCAUCAUCUCUGACUAACACACAGACAUGGAGUCUUCUCUGGAGUUCAGCAGCUCUCUGACCAGCUCCACACUGCCUCCUCCGCGCACCAGGAUCUUUAAGAUCAUAGUGAUUGGAGACUCUGGGGUGGGAAAGACCUGCCUCACCUACCGCUUCUGUGCAGGAAGGUUCCCCGACAAAACAGAGGCCACCAUCGGGGUGGACUUCCGGGAGAAGGUGAUAGAGAUUGAUGGAGAAAAAAUCAAGGUCCAGUUGUGGGACACAGCUGGUCAGGAGCGUUUCCGUAAGAGCAUGGUGCAGCACUACUACAGAAACGUGCACGCCGUGGUGUUUGUGUACGAUGUGACGAGUGCGGCGAGUUUCCGCAGCCUCCCAGCAUGGAUCGAGGAGUGCCGGCAGUAUGCGCUCGGCCAUGAGGUGCCCCGGAUCCUGGUGGGCAACAAAUGCGACCUGCGCCACGCCGCUCAGGUGAGCACCGAGGUGGCCCAGCAGUUUGCCGAUGCCCACUCCAUGCCUCUGUUCGAGACGUCUGCUAAGAGUCCACAGGGAGGGAGCAAUGACAGCGACCACGUGGAGGCCAUCUUCAUGACGGUGGCACACAAGCUGAAGUCACAGAAGCCGCUGAUGCUUAGUCAGCCGGCCAACACGGUCACACUGAGUGGGCAGGACCAGGAGGAGGAGCCACGCGGAAGCUGGGCGUGCACCUGCUGGAGGAGCUAUUGAGGGACAUAGAGGCGUGGCUAAAUCACUCAAUAUACUAGACGACUUAAAGGGAAGUUGCGUCACAGGUUUAAAGGUUACGAAAUCUCAAAAAGUAUCCGUGAAGGUCAGAGGUUGCCAAACAAACGGCUCGGUUAAGACAAGGGAUUAGAGGCUGAUUAAACUGCAUCCUAGGCGUGAUUGCGAUGCUAACUUCUGCAGUAUCCAAACCCGAACUGAACCCUACACGUCUUCUGUGCUCCAUGGGAAUCCUUAACUCGCGGAUGAAUCGCAAUUUCAGAUCAACAUCCAGACUUGAGUUCUACCUUUUAAUGAAAGACGGCAUAAAAAAACUACUCCGCUUAUUAGACUUUAACUGAUUAACUGACACAAGCAUGCAAACUCAAUACCUUGAAAAUUAGACUAAGCUAAACGGAUAAACACUAUCAGAACGAAGAAGUAGGUGUUUGCCAGUAAUUAAUUUUUUUGUCUUUGUACUGUAAUCCUUGAGAUCACUGCACUAGGAAAAUAAUAAAAUACGCUACUGCAAUACGCAAACGUAAAAAUCUGACCGUUCAUCACAGGUCGCGUUCGAGUUUUUUUGUGGCUGGCACUCGUUAUUAAGCUAAGAGCACCUUGUUCCGUGUUACUGUACUGUGUAUGUAAUGACCAGAAAUGAGUUUGGCUUUCGGUGUUUUUUUUUGCUUGGGGGAAAAAAGAAAAAAAAAGAUAAACAACAAUUGCCUCUAAUAGUCGUAUCAUCGUGACUCCUAAAACUGAACGUAUUGCCACGUGUAGAAGCUGUGCAGUAGAUCUUUAGAUUAAAUAAUCAAUCUCGUUAAUUAUGGACUAUAAUAAUAGUAAUAAUAAUAACGAUAAUCUUAAUUUUUAUUAAGAAUACAAAACAGGUUUUUUUAGUGAGCCCUUGCGAGCAAUAGCAGCUACAUUGUUGGUGCCCUGUGUGAAUAAACGCAUCGCCAUUUACAAUAUAAUCACCAUAUUUAAUAAAAUCCCGUCUCACUGGUCAGCAUUUCGCUUGUAACAAUCCUAUGUGGCUUAUUCAUAGGGCUAAAAAUGCAAACAUAAAAAAAAGCUAUGCUGCUUUCCCAUUGGGACAACAAAAUAAAACACCUCACUUCUAAGUUGCUUCUUCCGUACACAAAGUUUCAUUACUGUCACGUACAGAAAUUCUGAUUCCCCGUCGGCUGGCGUCUGAACGUUAAUAACAAUUCGUGUAAUUAAUGUAAUCGAUGCUCCUGAUCCUAGUGUUGUGUUAAAACAGGUUUUCAUUUCUACAUCUCACUCUUGUGGUAUUCGCCAUGACGGAAUAUUUUCUAGCUGUAACACGAUGUUGACGUUUCUCGGCGUGGACGUUAGGUUAGGAGCUGAUGCUAAGUUUAGUUAGAACGGCUUUUGUUUAUGCCACGAGGUUCUUGAGACGUUUUGUUCGUCCGUACGGUCUGCCACGAUUCUUGUUAGCGUGAUGUAUACAAAGAAAUACUUAGAAUUUGUAGAGUUUGUAGAAUUUCUAUAGCAGUUAGAUUCGGGGUCAAGGUCAAUGCAAGGUCAAGGACAAACAUCGAAGACUUCUCGGAAUCGAAACGUCUCUACCGAGUUCUCCAUGUUUCUGCAUGUAGUUUACCAACACAUCUACCAGAAGGCGUUCUUGACCAUGUUUCAACUGUCUAUAAAUACAUUGAAAUAUAUGAUUCGUAGCUAGCUAACACUCGCUAGGUCAUGUUUAUCGUCCAUAUUCCCAUAUUCUUUGGCCUUUAACCUGUUUGCUUUCCUAAAGUAUGCGUUCUUGAAUAAGAUUUAAACUUAAACACUAUAUAACAUAAAAAUACGGACACCAACCGUAAACCUGCGAACGAUCUCGCUCGCGUUAACGUCUUUAAUGCAAAAGGCCACGAGAGACGUCAACCUGUCAACCUUUUCAUUGAAAUCGCUGCUAAAAUCACCAAGAAGAGACUCGGACAACAUUUUAUGACGUAAUUAUAAUUCGCAUAAACUGCUAUACUGCCGUAUUUCUAACAAAAAACAAACAAAACAAACAAACAAACAAAACCACGACAUACCACGAGCCUUCGGAAAGACAGAGAAGUCACAGGUACCACAAAAGUGAGCUGUUCGUAUCAAAUACAAAAUAAAAUAAAAAAAAGUUUAUAAUAAUAACAGUAAUCGGAACACACAGUGACGUCGCCGAUCAUAAAUAACGAUUUACACCGGGUCUGUAUUUCACACAGUUAUACGCUAAUGUGCAUGGAAGAAACGACCCCCCGAGAUGUAACCAUGGCAACAACUGUAAACAUUAAGCGUCAGGACAAAAAUGCUAGCGAGAGUAAAUAAAAUAAAAUGACAGCUAGCCCUAGUUAUUUUCAUAUCAUUCAGUUACGAGUAAGUAAAUAAAUAUAUACAAACGUGUUUUUUUUGUUGUUUUUUUUAAGAACUAAUAAAGACAAAGCAAAGCUAAACGACGUGUAUAGACUCGACUUUUAGGCACGUGGCUAACCUGUAGCCUGUAAAGUGUGGUGUAGGACUCGAGUGUGUGUGUAACGCACAGGGUCUUGUGUGUACGGCGUGAUCAUAUUACUAGAGCUGCUGGAUAAAGUAUCAGCGUCUCACUCAGCCUGCAGUCUUUCAGGAUGACUAAGACAGCAAGUGUGUGUGUGUGUGUGCGCGUGUGUGUGCCUGUGUGUGUGCGCGUGUGUAUGUGUGUGUGUGUAUGUGCGUGCGUGUGUGUGCGUGCGUGUGUGUGUAUGUGCUUGCGUGUGUGUGCGCGUGUGUAUGUUUUCCAGAUUUGAGUCAUGGCUAUUAUUUGUUUCUUUAUUUUUUUUGCGCAUGUUUUACAGAUUUGAGUCAUGGCUGUUAUUUGUUUCUUUAUUUUUUUUGCGCAUGUUUUACAGAUUUGAGUCAUGGCUGUUAUUUGUUUCUUUAUUUUUUUGCUUCAGUAAGUCGCAUUUUCCCCUCAGCGCAUUCUGAGUAGCUGUCGGUGCCACAGCAGGUCCUGUGGUGCGCACUUCAGAAAAUCCUCAGGCGUGGACUUUAAUAAUAAUAAUAAUAAUAAUAAAAAUAAACAUGGAUAAUUAUUUAGUCUAUUGCGUGAGUGAAUGAGUGUGUGUGUGUGUGUGUGUGUGCCCUGCGAUGGGUUGGCACUCCGUCCAGGGUGUAUCCUGCCUUGAUGCCCGAUGACGCCUGAGAUAGGCACAGGCUCCCCGUGACCCGAGGAAGUUCGUAUAAGCGGUAGAAGAUGAAUGAAUGAAUGAAUUCUUUAGUCUCGAGUGCUAUCGUGAACAGCGACGUCUCUCUGACCGCCUCGAGCGUCCACACGUGUGUUUUGUGGCGCAAUUAAAUAAAGCGUGUGUUCGACGGAGGCGCAUUAAUGCGUUCACGAGAGCGAAAGCUUGCGCACACACUUUAUGGGACUUUAAAAGACUUUAUGUUUUACUGUGUAUCUACAAACGAUACAGAAUUCCAGACUCGCCAAACUACAUAUAUGCGUCUGCAUUUUAACACCAGAGUAAUAAGAGAUAUCACUCAGAAAUGCGUUAAAACGUCAAUAUCAAUCAGUCCGUAUGUGUAAGGAAUGAUUGACAGCGGUGUAGGUGUUUUAACUCACUGAUAUUAACACAUAAGGACUUCAGUCAAACAAACAGUGCUUUUGUUUUUCAGGAAAUAGAAAAAAAUCAGAUGGUUUGGACCCAAAAAUAGUCAGAAUGGCUUACAGUAAAGUGUCAGGGCUGACACUGGUAAUGAUAAUCGAGAAAGAUCUAAAAUAUUUUAAACAUCAGAUCAACAAUGAAAAGGGCAGCCGUGUGAAAUCGCGUUAGUUAAAAAUGAUAAAGAAUGUCAAAGAAAACAGGUAAAGGUGAAGUGUAAGGAAGAAUGUGUCUCAUGGGGGCCAAAAUUUACACCCGAGAGCAUCAAAAAGCUGAAAUCGAGCCGUACAGUAGGAGUUAAAAACAAUCUUUAAGACACUUUUAGACUGAUAUUUAGAUUUGUUUCACUAUUAUUAUUAUUAUAAGAUAUAUUAAUAUUCUACGUGGAAAACCUAAUACUCUUAAGUUUAAUUUAAGGGUGUGCAAACUUUUGGACUCUUUUAACUUUUUAAGACGAUCUUUACGCUGCGGUGCUUCGGACAGACCGGGUUGUGUGUCUGCGAUGCACGAGUUUGCUUUAAGUUUUGCCAAAAGUGGUUGAUUUUGUGUAUUGUUUUCAUUUAAUAUCAUUUUUUACUGUCGUUUCAAAGGAAAUCAGGCCUCUAACAUCCUCUGGGAUGAUUUUGUUUCUCAGGAUGUUUAGAACAGAUUUAUGUUUCAUCCUCAGUAAUGUUUUCUGAUUAGCUGAAAGUUUACACACGUCGUUGACUUCAUCGCCUCUGCAUCGUCUGUCAAACGCAUCCAACAAUCGGGGAACUGGGUUUGCCGUGUCCUCGGCUCCUGUCUGAUUUCUGCCACGGGACAAACCGAGAGAGUGAAGUCUGAAGUCUGAUUAUUGUGUUGCAAACGUUGUGUUUCAACGAACAAUGCUUGAAUUGUAUUUUUUUUUUUUAAAAGAUAGAAUAAAAUGCUCCUAAUUUCA